AGUCCUUAUUCCACCAGUCCUUAUUCCACCAAAAAGCUCUAACUUUAUUUCAACAGUGAAAGAAAGAUGGGUAACUCUUCAAGCUAAAAAUAUUUUAUUCUCUUCUCUCAGUGGAAUCUAUGAGCAUGGAAGCUCUCUCAACUUCAUCACACAUCUCUAAUUUGCCCCAGGUCAAGCCUCUUUUGAAAUCUUCGCUACCUUCUUCCCAGUCUUCGUGUUGGUUAUGUAAUCCGCGAAUCCCUAAUCUGAGAAUCAGCGAUGGAUCAAGCCACGUGGGGCUUCGGAUACAAGCUCUCUCACAUAACGACGACGCACCAAGUGAUGAAGGGGACGCCGCCGAAAGUAGUGGGCUUGGCCUUUUUCCAGGGGAUAUCUUCUCUCUAUCACAGACAUCUCUUGCACUUCCUCAGGGCUGUGCUGGUAAUAGUGGUGGAAAUCGAGCUGGACUUUAUAGAACUCCGAUAUCUGGUGGAGUUCAGAAUGCUACAUCAGCUCAUGCCUUGCCUCCACCUGCUUUAGCUGUACGGAACUUGCUUGAGCAGGCUAGGUUUGCUCAUCUAUGCACAGUCAUGUCUAAGAUGCACCAUCGCAGGGAAGGUUACCCUUUUGGCUCUUUGGUGGAUUUUGCACCUGAUCGUAUGGGGCAUCCAAUAUUUUUAUUUUCACCGUUGGCCAUCCACACAAGAAAUCUCUUGGCUGAACCUAGAUGCAGUCUUGUUGUUCAGAUACCUGGAUGGAGUGGCUUGUCGAAUGCCAGAGUAACAUUAUUUGGUGAUGUGUACCCAUUGUCCCAAGAUGAACAGGAGUGGGCACAUAAGCAAUAUAGUGCAAAGCACCAUCACGGACCUUCUGAGCAGUGGGGAAACUUUCACUAUUUUAGAAUGCACAACAUAAGUGUGAAUAUUGGCAGUGAUAUAUACUUUAUUGGAGGUUUUGGCACUGUCGCUUGGGUCGAUGUCAAAGAGUAUGAGGCUUUACAGCCAGAUAAGAUCGCUGUUGAUGGUGGUGAACAGAACCUCAAGGAACUAAAUGCCAUAUUCUCAAAGCCGCUUAGGGAGCUACUGUCUACUGAAUCAGAGGUAGACGAUGCUGCUCUUAUCUCUAUAGAUAGCAAAGGGAUAGAUGUACGGGUUCGUCAAGGUGCUCAGUUCAACAUACAAAGGCUAGCAUUUGAGGAAGGUCAUGGCGUUGAAACGCUAGAAGAAGCUAAAGCUGCACUAUGGAAAGUGAUGGAGAAGGUGAAGCUAAACUAUUUGCAGAAAUGACAAGUCCCAUUUUCUCUAGAGGGGUCUUUAGAAUUAAAAUGUUGUUUGAUUCCUCUCUCCCACUUUCUGAACUAGCUGAAAUUUUGUAGUUUCUUCUGUUUUUACCCUCCUUUUAUAGUCAUAAAAGAUCUCUCUGUUUGAUAUUUGCAAAUUGACAUUUACACAAACAGAUCUUGUAUUACAUGCUUUUGAGAAGAGAGAAUGUUUUUGUGAA